AUGCCAAUCAUUAUGAUAGAAAAUGCCAGCGUCUUUGACGGAGACGGUGUGACUGACUACCCAAGUCUUUAUUUCGCCGGCAAUCCAGGUAAUAUCGUUGGUCCCGCGUCUGACCCAGAAUCAACAAUUGAUGGCACAGGCUGCACAAUCAUACCCGGCUUGAUUGACUCCAAGGUUGAUUCUGGUGUGUCCCCUGAGACUCUUCCGAUGUGCGCGGCCUACGGCGUAACCACUCUGAUCGAUUCCAGCAGCUCCUGCGCCGAGAGUCAGGCCAUGAGGACUGCUGCUGCUGAUGAACCAGCCCUUCCAACAUUUCUAGCUACAGGCUCUGCAAUCGCGUCACGAAAUACUUCCGUUGCGACUCUACUAAACUACGGUAGCCUGGAGACCGUCACGACGGCGGACGAAGCCGAGCGAGUUGUCGAAACCAAAAUCGCGUCGAAACGAGCAGAAUUCAUAAAAGUAAUAGUUGACCAGCCAGGACUUGACACGAAUAUACUCGCAGCAACCGUGAGAGCAGCACAUCGUCACGGAAAGCUAGCCAUUGCCCAUGCGACGCAGUGCAACUCGUAUAGCCUGGCCGUAGACGCUGGUUUUGACAUCCUGUCACCCGUCCCAAUCGACGGAAAUAUCGACCCCGAAGUGGUUACCAAGAUUGUAGAACGAGGCAUAGGUGUUAUUCCAACACUAUGUUUUCUAAAACAAGGCAUGCCAAUCUGGAAGACUCAAAACCCAGAGUAUGACUUUUCCUUUGCCAUUGCAGCCGUGAGAACGCUUCACGAUGCAGGAGCAAGGAUAUGUGCUGGAACCUCGGCAAACACAUCAAGACCUAUAGCUGUUUCUCACGGGCAAGGAUUGCAUGACGAGCUGCAAUUACUUACAACAGCAGGAAUGUCAAACUUGGAAGCACUACGCGCAGCGACUUGCCAGCCUACUGCUCUGUUCGGGCUACGCGACCGUGGUAUAGUAGGUGUUGGAUACAGGGCAGAUUUAGUCAUGGUGGAAGGAAAUCCUUUGGAUGAUAUCAACUUCGCGUCUAAAAUUCGACGAGUCUGGGUACAGGGAGUGGCAGUGAAUAGGUGA